AUGAAUUCUUUAGGACAAACUACACAAUUACCUAAUUAUUCUUGUAGUGAAAAUAAUGUUUCGAUUCAGUUUACAUUGUCCUCAUCAUCCCAUUCAGCAUGGAAUCAAACAUCAAAUUGUUCUCUACAACAAUGUGAUAUAAGCUCGAAUGGUAGCAACAGUUUUCUUUCAUCAUCAACACCUUGCUUUGAUUUUCGAACAAUAAAUAAUAUUAGUUAUUGUGCACCUGGUAUUUUAUGUUCAAUAUUAGAAGCAUGUGAUAAUAUUACACAAACAUGUUCAUCAAAUAAUUCAAUAUGUGUUAUUAAUUCAUGUUGUUCACCACAAGCAGUAUGUUUACCAGUCUCAGCAACACAAAUGUGUGAAAGAGUUGUAGUAAUUUAUAGCUAUGUUAAAUAUGAUUUCAGCGAUAAUGUUGAUUAUCAACGUUAUACUUAUUAA